AGCACCAGAGCCCGGACAGCGGCGCCGCCCACGGGCACGGACGGUGGUAGCAGCUCCAGCUGCUGCAGCGAUCUUCUCUUUGCCAGUUUCUGAACCGCAAGCAGCGACCUGAGGGGAAUAUAUUAGCCCCAGAAGGCAGCUGCCGGAACAAGUAGGAAGAACCCUCCGUAGAUCCUGCUGGAAGAUCUUCUCAGUAAGCCUGCAUCAGGUCUUAGACCAAAGCCAUGGCUCCAGAGGCAAGCCCAGAGAGAAGCUGCUCCCUCCACACCUGUCCACUUGAAGACCCAACCGGUGCUCCGGUACCACCACCAACAGUUUCCACGCUCCAGGCUAUAGACCCAACCAGUCCGUUAACAGCUGGCCAUUUUGCCUUUCCUCGAGCACCUCAAGACUAUCAAGAAGGAAGCUCGUUACUAGGAUUAGGAGAUCAAGCAUCUCUGUGUGCCCAUGUCUCCAACCUCAGCACUUCCAUAGACCCCUCUCAGCAUGAUGGGGUCUGGAAGCCACAUUCUGUGCAGCGUCAUGUGGUCAGUGUCAGGCAGGAACGCACUUUCCGGAUGCCGAAGAGCUAUUCUCAUCUGAUUGCUGAGUGGCCAACGGCUGUGCUCCUGGGGUGUCUGGCCUUCAUCUUCCUCUGUACCCUAGCUGGGCUGUUGGGAAGCCCACCACUUGACUUUUCUGAGCCUUUACUGGGUUUUGAGCCUCGAGACACAGAGAUCAGCCGAAGGCUAGAAGUUUGGAAAGCCAUGCAGGUCCUCACUGGUCCCAAGAAUCUUUUUUCUCUUUCCCCGGACCCUGAGAUGAACAGCUCAAGCCUCCUCAGCACCCUGAGCCCUGCAGCCUGGGGCAGGGCCGAGGAAAGUGUGGUCCGGACCAAGAGGAUGGUGGGGCCUGUGGAAGUCAAAGAAGAGGAGAACUUCUUUUGUGGCCACCCUGAGAAGAGCCAUGCAAAGCUGGUGUUUGUGUCCACCUCUGGGGGAAGCCUGUGGAACCUGCAAGCCAUCCAUUCCAUGUGUCGCAUAGAACAGGAGCAGAUCCGCUCUCACAUCAGCUUUGGGGCUCUGUGCCAGCGAUCAGCAGCCAACGAGUGCUGCCCCAGCUGGUCCCUGGGCAACUAUCUGGCUGUGCUGUCCAACCGCUCCUCCUGCCAAGACACUACCCAAGCUGAUACAGACCGCACGCUGGCCCUGCUACGGUUCUGUGCCACCUACUACCAUCGUGGUGUCCUGGUACCUGCUUGUGUGGGAUCUGGGCAGGACAAACCCCCAUUUUGUGCCCAAGUUCCCACCAAGUGUACCGGAAGCAGCCUUAUCUAUGAAUUCCUGCACUUCCUGCUAGACAGAGACUUUCUGAGUCCCCAGACUGCGGAUUACCAGGUGCCCUCCCUCAAGUUCGCCCUGCUCUUCGUGCCCAUUAUAAAGACCUCUUCUCUUCUAGACAUCUACCUGGACGGCCUAGGUGACCCAAUUAAAGUCUCUGACAACUACACAUCUAUCAGUGGCAUGGACUUGGGCCUCAAGCCCAGACUACUGAAGUACUACCUAGCGGAAGAUACCAUGUACCCCUUGCUAGCCCUGGUUGUCAUCUUCUUUGGCAUGUCCCUCUACCUGCGCUCACUCUUCAUCACGUUUAUGUCACUUCUAGGGGUACUGGGCUCCCUAAUGGUGGCCUUCUUUCUUUACCAUGUGGCAUUCCGCAUGGCCUACUUCCCCUUUGUCAAUCUAGCGUCUCUCUUUCUGCUUACUGGCGUCUGUGUCAAUUACACGCUCGUCUUCUUCGAUUUGUGGCGCCUCAGCAGGAGCCAGGUGCCCUCCGGGGGCCUAGCACACCGUGUGGGCCGCACCAUGCACCACUUUGGCUACCUGCUUCUGGUGUCAGGCCUCACCACCAGCGCUGCCUUCUAUGGCAGCUACCUGAGCCGCCUGCCCGCAUUGCGUUGCUUUGCUCUUUUCAUGGGCACCGCUGUACUAGUGCACAUGGGGCUCACACUGCUCUGGCUUCCCGCCACCGUGGUGCUCCAUGAGCGCUACCUGGCACACGGCUGUGUGGCUCAAGCGCAGGGCCAGAGGGGUGGCAGCGACCCCCUGCGGAUGUUGCUGGGGUUGCACAGACGGAUUUGCAUUCUUCGCAAGAUUGUUUCCAUCCUCUCGCGCCUGCUCUUCCAGCGCCUGCUGCCCUGUGGUGUCAUUAAGUUUCGGUACAUCUGGAUCUGCUGGUUUGCCGCGUUGGCGGCAGGGGGCGCCUACAUCGGCGGCGUCAGCCCUCGCCUGCACCUGCCCAUUCUACUGCCACUUGGCGGCCAGUUCUUCCGGUCUAGCCAUCCCUUUGAGCGCUUUGAUGCAGAGUACCGCCAGCAGUUUCUGUUCGAGGAUCUGCCUCCAAACGAGGGCGGCAACUUGCCAGUGGUUCUGGUGUGGGGAGUCCUGCCAGUGGACACUAGUGAUCCCCUGGACCCUCGCACCAACAGCUCAGUGGUAAGCGAUCCUGACUUCUCGCCCAGCAGCCCCGAGGCCCAGGAGUGGCUCCUGGCUCUCUGCCACGGAGCCCAGAAUCAGAGCUUCUUUGGAGACCAGCCAGAGGGUUGGCCUACGCUAUGUUUAGUGGAGGCCCUGCAGCAGUGGAUGGAGAGCCCCAGCUGUGGCCGCCUGGGUCCCGAUCUAUGCUGUGGCCAAUCAGAAUUCCCCUGGGCCCCCCAGCUUUACCUGCACUGUCUCAAGAUGAUGGCUCUGGAGCAAAGUCCUGAUGGCACACGUGACCUGGGACUCCGCUUCGAUGCUCAUGGCAACCUGGCAGCUCUAGUUCUGAAGUUCCAGACCAACUUACCAUACAGUACAGAGUAUGGCCCGGUCCACCACUUCUACACUGAAAUCAGCCGCUGGCUGUCAACCGAGAUGAGCAAGGCACCUCCUGGCCUCAACCAGGGCUGGUUCACCAGCACUUUGGAGCUGUACAGCUUGCAGCAUAGUCUAAGCACAGAGCCUGCUGUGGUGCUUGGUCUGGCUCUGGCACUAGCCUUUGCCACACUGCUGCUGGGCACCUGGAAUGUUCCCCUCAGCCUGUUCUCUGUGGCAGCUGUGGCUGGCACCGUGCUGCUCACUGUGGGCUUGCUGGUUCUUCUUGAGUGGCAAAUCAACACAGCCGAGGCCCUCUUUCUCUCUGCCUCUGUGGGCCUCUCUGUAGACUUAACCGUUAACUACUGUAUCUCCUAUCACUUGUGCCCACACCCAGAUCGCCUGAGCCGUGUGGCCUUCUCCUUACGUCAGAUCAGCCGGGCCACAGCAAUGACUACUGGAGUGUUGUUUGCCUCUGGCGUGAUCAUGCUGCCUUCCACCAUACUGCUCUAUCGAAAGCUGGGCAUCAUCGUCAUGAUGGUCAAGUUUCUUGGCUGUGGCUUUGCCAGCUUCUUCUUCCAGUCCCUGUGCUGUUUCUUCGGGCCAGAGAAGAACUGUGGGCAGAUCCUAUGGCCCUGUGCCCAUCUGCCAUGGGAUGCCGGGACUGAGGAUCCUGAUGAGAAGGGACGAACAGGGCCGCCAGGAUUCUCUGAGCACUACGAGUUGCAGCCACUGGCGCGGCGCCGGAGUCCCAGCUUCGACACCAGCACAGCCACCAGUAAGCUUUCCCAUCGGCCUUCCAUACUGUCCGAAGACCUGCAGAUACAUGAUGGCAGCUGCUGCCACCAGCACGCCCAAGCCCCUGUCUCCCCAAGGGAUCUGCUCCUGGACCACCAGACAGUCUUCAGCCAGUGUCCAGCCCUGCAAACCUCCUCUCCAUAUAAGCAGGCUGGUCCCAACCCCCAAACCUGGAUCAGGCAAGAUUCCCAGGGACAGAAAACUGAGCCCCUGCAGGCUCUACCAGUGGGCCCUGCCCACUGCCCUCAGUCCAAAGUCGAAGAGCUCCCUGAUGGGCUGUGCUCCUCGGCCAGCACCCUGGAGGGACUCAGUGUCUCAGAUGACACCUGUGCCUCUGAGCCCAGUGUCCGUGUGCCAGAUUCUGUGGGCACCUCCCCAGAAGUCAUGAAUGGCACUGGACACCCCAUACUUGAACGGGGUCAGCUGAACGGGAAGCGUGACACCCUCUGGCUGGCACUGAAGGAGACCAUCUAUGACCCAAACAUGCCCAAUUCUCACCACAGUAGCUUAUCCUGGAAGGGCCGUGGAGGGCCAGGUGAUAUCAGCCCUGUGGUGCUUCCCAACAGUCAGCCAGAUCUUCCAGAUGUUUGGCUCCGUAGGCCUAGCACCUACACCUCUGGCUACAGCAGCUAAGAGAGGCCAAGGAAGGCCAGACCAGGGUCUAGAACCCUACUGGUGAAGAUAAGGCAGAUGCCACACUAUCCUAGGGCCUGAAGAUAUUUCUCCAUAUCGACAUGAAGUCUCAUCCUCCAACUAUGGAUUCUAAACCCUGCCAGAUGUUCCAUCCUUGAUCUCUUUGCUACUUACCCCUACAUCUGGAGGAUUCAGUGGGAGGGCCUUGCAAGGUAAUACCAGGCUCUCCAUGUGACCAGCUGAGGACUCAUCUGCCCCCACAGUGCCAACAAGGCCCCCAUCUGGAAAGGAGGGAGGCCAGAUGUGCAGUUCCAGACAUUGGGGAGACUGAUCAGCUGUCUCCCAGGAGGCAAGAAGUUCAGUGACACUAAGGUACUCCAUCUUUGGAAUCCUGCUGGAGUACCUCACUGACUAGAAAAACCCUUAAGAACCUCCAGAGCCUACUGAAUCCCAUCCCUUCUCAUCAGCUCUUAAUCAGGACACUUCACUUCUUGGGGAGCUUCUCUGGGCCGGAAGUGAACAUGGGCCUCUGUCCUGCAUUGCUCUGUUCUGCUCACAUGCACCAGUGUGACUAGACACUCUCCAAAAGCAGGACAGAGGUGGAUGCCGAGAGAGAAGCAGGAGACAUGAAGGUCAGCUUUGGAGCAUCCCUAAAUUCCAAGAUUCCCCCACAGGAAGCUGACUCCAGAAUGUUCCCCUGUUGGUGAACAAUAGUCACCCCUUACCAUUGCCACACCUGCCAGUCUUCUUGGACCUUGCAAAUUUACUCCAGAGUGGCCUGCAGUUGGUCACGACACUGACUAAGGAUGGUUGGUUGAUUGUUACCCAAAGUCAUGUUACUGGGUAGCAGCAGGGUCCUCUCCUGACCCGUGCCGCCACUGCAGCUCCCUGUCUCCUCCUGACUGUCUGCUUCAGGGCCCCUGGCCCCUGGCUGUCUCAACCCUUUGCUUCUGGCACUUACCUACUCUCUUUUCUUGAGCAUCUCUUUGUGAGCCCUCCCUCCCCUUUGGGCCUCCACCUCCAGAAAGAGUUGUAGUCUGAGUAGACCUGAGAGUUCCUCAUUUCCUUUGUGCUUCCCCACUCUGAAACUGUCUGAGAUGCCUACUAGCAAUGUGGCCUGAGGGACUGAGGGACAGAAGAAUGUGAACAGAAUCUAGUUAAGACAGGCACACAGAGUUGCUCUAGUGGGGUUGUUCAUGAUCCCGAAGUUUCUCUAGGUCAGGUCCCCAGUUUCUAAAAACUAGACCUAUCUAAGGUUCUAGGUAGACUCAAGAUGAGUAAGUAAGGUUGAUUGACGGUGUCACUUGAUUAAUGGCAGAGUGCUCUCCAUUCUGCCACUAUGGCUCCCUGUCUCCUCCUGACUGACUGCCUGUUUCAGGACCAUUGGCUUUCUCCCAAAAGCACAACUCUGUCCUGAAGUUUUAUCACAUGUGACACAGCUCAUGACACUAGGUAACAUCAGCAAGUUGGAACACCUGCAUUGGAAAUGGUGUUAUAAGGAAGAGAGGCAUGAAAGGGAGAGCUGGCCUUCUGCUGGGAAGCAGGCAUUAGUGGGCCAGUGUUACUGCUGAGCUCAGGUACCCAGCAUGAGGUGACCAGGAAAAUCUCUUGGAGAAGGAUAGUUUGAGCUGGGCUUCAGAAGAUCAAGCAUAUCAGACAGGAGGGGGACAUACUGAUCCAGCUCUAAAGGUCCCCUAAGGACCAUUCUUUCAGAGAACUCCUGUGUCUAAAACUCCUACUCCAGUGAGUGUGAGCUUUAAGGAGGCUACCAGCUCAGCUUCCCUUUCUAGUGCACAUCUCCAGGGGUUUCUAGGUUCCUGGAAGACCCAUAGAUCAUGGCAUGAAGUCCACCCAUCUAGGUCAUUUUAUAUAUGAGUAUCAGAAAGGAAUUUUUCAGUGCCAAACAAUCUAAGGUAAGGCUAGGGGCAAACCAGAGAACACUUUUGUUUUAUUUUGUUGAGUUCUUGUGUUAUCAAAACCUACCUCCCAUCCCAAGUAGCCCAGGACAAGUGCAGAAACUCAAAAGAACAUAAGAAUGUGGAAAAGAGGGCUGGAGAGAUGGCUCGGUGAUAAGAGCAUCCGUCUGCUCUUCCAGAGGUCCUGAGUUCAAUUCUCAGCAACCACAUGGUGGCUCACAACCAUCUGUAAUGGGAUCUGGUGCCCUCUUCUGGUGUGUCUGAAGACAGCAACGGUGUAUUCACAUACAUAAAAUAAAUAAAUCUUAAAAAAAAAAAAAAAAAAAAGAAUGUGGAAAAGACAGAAGACAGUUUUCCCUCAGUAUCCAUGAAGAACUGGUUCCAGCACACCCCUCACCCUCCAGCACACCAAAAUCUGAGGAUGCUCAAGUCCCUCACAUAGAAUGGUGUAGUAUUCGCAUAUAAUGAUGCAUAUUCUCCUGUAUACUUUAAAUCAUCUCUAGAGUACUUAUAAUGCCUAAUAUGACAUAAAUGCUAUGUCAGUCCUUACACCAUGUUAUUGUAAUAAUGACAAGAAAAAUAA